GGUGGUGGAAACUGACAGAGAUAGAGUCUGCGGCUUUGGCGGUUGGGUGAGCGCGGGAGCGGUCGGAGUGGCUCUGCGGGGACGGUUUAGCCCCCGCGUACGAAGCAAGGUGAUUUUCCUCAAAAGUGGACGUUCCCUCUCUGACAAGUCUUCGCCGGUUAUCUGUAUCCUGAGCUGCUGUCUCGCAGUAUGUGGUGUCGAUGCCACAUCUCUUGAUGUUUAUCUUGAGAGUGUCUGUAAAGGGUUUCUUUUGGUCUCCACGUUUCCUUUCUGCUUCGGAUCAUCAUUUUCUCCCUGUGUGUGGCAAGCUGCCUUCAGAUAAUGUACAAUGGGGCUACAAAUUCAUUUUGUGGUUGACCCGCAGGGGUGGUGCUGCAUGGGCAUGAUUAUCUUCGUUUGGCUUUACAACACACUCUUUAUUCCCCAAAUUAUCCUCUUUCCUCACUAUGAAGAGGGACACACUUCAACUGCAGCGAUAUUGUGCUACUACUUAGUCUCAUUGUUCUGUAUAGUUUCAUUAUUGAGAGCCUCCAUAGCUGAUCCAGGAAAACUCCCUGAAACACCAAAGAUACCACUUACAGAACGAGAAUUUUGGGAGCUAUGUAAUAAAUGUAAUAUGAUGAGACCAAAGCGAUCCCAUCACUGCAGUCGCUGUGGACACUGUGUUAGGAGGAUGGAUCACCACUGUCCGUGGAUUAACAAUUGUGUUGGUGAAGACAAUCAUUGGCUGUUUCUGCAGCUAUGCUUCUACACUCAGCUUCUUAGUUCCUAUACAUUGAUACUUGAUUUCUGCCACUAUUAUUAUUUUCUGCCCCUGAAAAAAGUUAACUGGGAUCUCUUUGUAUUUAGACAUGAACUUGCCUUGCUAAGAAUAUCGACCUUCAUGGGCAUAAUAAUGUUAGGUGGAAUAAGUGGACUCUUUUACACUCAACUCAUGGGUAUUUUCAAUGAUACAACUAGUAUAGAAAAAAUGUCAAACUGUUGUGAAGAAAUAUCGAAGCCCCGAAAGCCAUGGCAGCAGACCUUCUCAGAAGUUUUUGGCACUCGCUGGAAGAUCCUGUGGUUUAUUCCUUUCAGGCAGCGGCAACCACUGCGAAUUCCCUACCACUUUGCCAAUCAUGUCUAAACAGAUGGAUAGUGGGCACAGAUGGGUCCUCCAUGCUGGAAGUGCGUUACCGGUUUUAUGAUAAUAGAACUAUGACAGUCUUCAAGUCAAUUAAAAUCCACCCACUAAUCUUAGACAUCAUAAUGUGCCCCAGGCUUUAUUUUAAUAGUGAUCUUGAUUCUGUUGUGGGAUUAGUACUAGUUCUAAGUUUAAGGCAUAUUUACUUUCAAAUUAGUUUUCCAGAGGGAUUUCUUGUGUGUUUGAGGUUAAUAACAAAAACAUAAAUGAUUGAGAUACGUUACCCAAUUUUGUUUCGAUACUGGAUAUUUUGAUUUUUAUUUUUUUUAAGGAAACACUGAAGUUUACAUAGAUUAAUAGAUUUCAAACAAAGUGUGUCAUUCUGCAUUUAAUUUUUUAGUGUUUUUUAUUAGUAGAUUUAUCUAGAUUAUGUACAGGUCUUUGUCUGCUAAUUGUGUUUAAAAUUUUCUAAUGCCUUCUUUUAUUUAUGAUGCAUGAUAUUAAUCAUGCAGUACAGCACUGGAAAAAGGUGGUAUUUUAACAGAAGCAGCCUUUUUCCUAAACUUUUUCCAGAAGUUUUUUUAAGAUAUAAAGGGAGAUCUUGCAUCUUAUAGUCUCAGUUUUGUAAAAAUGUAGUCUUAAUACAAUAGGUUAUCAUUGUCCCUGUGUCAGUAAAAGCUAUGAGCUCAAACACUCUUGGGCAAACUAUGCAGAUAUAAAGCAUGUUUUUCCGUUUUCUCCACAAGGAUUUCCUUGUAACUUGCAAUAAUUGCACAUAUAAUCGAUAUGGUACGAAUAUUAGAGUACAUACAUUUAAAAAAUGCAGGUUUAAUCAGUCAAUAUAAAGUAUCAUGUAUGAAUAUACAAAGUAGUAUGUGGUCACUAAAGUUAUACUUUACAUUUUGUUUUGGUUAGUCACUACUAGAACUAGAAUUAGGAUUACUUUUCAGGUGUUUAUGGAAAUGGACAAUGUGUAUGGAAAGUACUUUUUAAGUAUUUUAUUUAUAUGUAAAUAUUGAUGUUAUAGAUAAGCACUAAUUUCUAUGUAAACAGGGUGGUUGAACUGCACUAACUUCCUCUUCUGUGUAUUGUGUGGACAGGAGACCAUUUUGCUCUUUUUCUGGGAUAGGAGGGUCGCUUCUUAUUAGAAGUGGUUAACAAGAAAUGUUAACCUUAAGAUUAGAGCUGGUCAAAUAGUAAACUGAUGCACACAUAGAAGUAUUGCCUUUGUUUUGCUAUGAUUUAGAGUGUUGUGUUGUGUUUAUUAUUCAUGUAUGUCUCGGCAAUUGUCAGGUAUUUGUGAAUCUUGAAGGUUUCAUGAAUUUUCACAAAGAUAAAAUUCAUAGUUUGUGUUGCUCACUAUUCUGCCGAAAAGGUUUAUCAUCCAGUCUAAGAGCAGAAACAGCAGGAUGCAUCUUAGGUGACUACCAUACAACAUGAAUAACAAAUAGUGAAUAGUCAAAGCAAACAAGACAUAAGCUGAAAAUUAUUCAUCCAGGAUAUCUGGGAUUUCUAGCAUUCUGAGUGAAAGUUCCUUUCACUCUCUCUUUCACUGUUAGUUUCUCUGUAGAACAAUCUUAUGGCUGAUGUUUAAAUCAAAGUUCAAAAUGUCCAAGAGGUGAUGAAAAUGUUGAGGUGGCCUUUGAAAUUUACAAAUGGGCACUGUAUAAAGUAACUGCUGCAUCUCCUUUAAGAAAAAGGAAGUCACCUACUGUAUCCUCUGUGAUACUCUGGAUGGAAAUUAAGUUGUUUUCAUUCUGCUUAAACGUGUUUUACAAAACACACGUAUAUAAAUACAGGGUUAGGAUUUUUUUUUUUUUUUUUUUACUUUUCUUGAUAAUGAAUUAGCAUAGUUUGCAGGUUGUAUCAUUUAAAUCAGUGUUUCUCAACUACCGGUCUGUAAAAUGGCACCAGUCCCUGAGAUCUGCCUGAUACAGUUUAGGAAGGCAGCAAGCUGGUCCCUGGUAUCAAAAAGCUUGAGAAACACUGAUUUAAAGCACUGAAGCCUUUGAUUAAAGAGAAGAUCAACAAGUUUAAAUGUCCUUGAUUCACUCAUUGUGGGAUGUAUAUUUAUUCCUUCUGGGUUUCUUACAUCUUCCUUUCAGUUACUUAACUUUGGGUAAAGCACAUUUGCAAUACAUAAAUUGUUGCAGUAUUGGACCAUGAAUUGUAAACAGUGUGUUUAAAUUUGGUAAACUGUACCUAUACAUGAAAUGAUGAGAGCAUGAAAUCUUUAGAGACAAAAAAUAGCAAUUAGUCUAAAUCUAAUAUUCUGUAAAUAUAUUCCAAAUAAGAGGAAAUAACUAGGUUGUGACCUUAUCCUAAAAUGACACGGAUCUUGAGUUAAACAGAAACAAAGUCUGAAUGUAUAUACUGUAAACUGUACAUAUGUAUACACAUAUGCAUAUCUGCAGUUUACAAGCUAUCCAAUUUGGUUGAUUAGCAGGUGUGUUUGCCUAGUAUGUACUGAUUUAGGACUCUGGCCGGUUGGGCUAGUGGUGAAGCUGACAUAUCGUCAAGUCUUAGGGAGAGCCUUUCAUCUCUUGUUCCCCAAGUGCCCUCUUUUGGCCAAGUCAUGCAAUGACAUUAGCUCUUGUAUUAGAGAAGAGAUGAUGUCCCUGCAGUUAUGGUUCAUAGAUUGCUGAGGCCUCAUACUCAGACAAUGGUGAUUUGGAGACAUAACUGUUGAGGAGAAUGGAAAAAAUACACCCAAAGUACGUGGUUUGUAGAAAUCUAUAUUCUUGUGGCUCUAGCAUAUAUCCCAAAUACAAAAGCACUGUUGUCUUGCCUCGGCUCAGAUAAAAAUGAAAUAUGUCAGACCUUUUAGAAAUCCUCAGAAUAGGUCUGUGGUUUCUAUAACUAUACUCUCUUUGUCAAGUGAAGCAAAAUAUAGGUUGCAUAACCCAAUCCUGACAUUCCUUUUGAGCAAUGUGUUGUACAUUAAAGUUCAAAAAUAAAGCAUCAGAGUUACUGUUGCUGAAAUACCAGAUACUCAUUCUCAUGUUAUGUGAUACACUCUUAAGUUUUGUCUGUUGACUGUUAUGUGAGAAUGGUAAUGCCAAAGUGCAGAGGUUCUCAAACUUUUUCACAGUGAUGGACUUCCUUGUAGCCCUUUCCCUUUUCAGCCUCUGAAUCCCAUUCCCACACCUUGCCCACAGCAACUAUAAUGUUCAGUUAUACAGAAUGAUAAUAUUAGGACAAUAAUGAGUGAUCUGCUUCAUUUUUUACCCCAUUUUGCGUUUCUGCUGUUUAUUUCUAUAAAAUCUUCAAAUUUUGUGGGGCCCAAUUUGAGACAUCUUUAAAGGGGUUGAUUUUCAGAAAGUGUUGAGUUUCCAUCUUUUGAAAAUCAAGCCUCUUCAAUGUGUCUGAAGUUAGGCACCCAAAAUCAAUUGUCUUCUUUGAAAAUUUAGGGCAAGAGCAUUCUCAUAUUAUUCACUUAUUAAAGCAGUUGUUCUGAAAUUGUGAUCUCCAGAGCUGCUUCUCUCACAGAUGUAAAGGAUCUUCUAGCAGUAAUGUUAGUAACACUUCUCUCUGUAGCUGUAGCCCCGUAUUUGGGGCUCUGGUGGUUCAGAUGAUAUAUUUGACCACCUAAUCUUAAAAAAAACCAACACAAACACACAAAAAAAACCCUAUUCGUAUUAUAGCCCAUGUAGCUAGUUUUAUUCACUUCUAUCAGCUGCCUGUUUCUUUGGUGUCAAUUCAAUUCUGAUUAAAUUUGUGGAUGAUAUCAAAAUUGGAAGAGGGACAGAACCACAUUUCAAAGUAGCCUGGAGAGAGUAGAACGGUACUGUAUACUAGCUGCUAUUUAUUUUCUUGCAUUUGUUCCCUUUUUGUUGUAUUGCGACUUUGGUCAGGUUUUAAUAUUAAUCUGCUCUAUUACUCUUUUGUAAGGCUUGUCUACACAGGGAAGUUAAUUCAGAUUAAAGUAGGGUUUUAUUAAUUUUAUGCAGAGUAGUUAUUUGUUUCAUUCCCUGUGUGAAUUAUUAAUCUAUAAUGAGUGUCUACACAGGAGGUUAUUUAGGAAUAGCAACUCCAGAAUAACUCCUCAUAUAGACAAGCUAUAAAGUUCAUAAACCUUGUGAAUACGAACAGUACUAAGGGAUUGCCUAUUAAUAAGUACACAUGUAAUUGACUGUUGUAGAUAUAUUAGCUAUGAGACAAUAAUAGCUAUAUUUACUGCAGCAUAUAAAUGGAAAUCCAAGCUCUGAGAGUGCUCUGGAAACAUUUUGUUUCCUUUUUAGCAACGGGAUGUUGUGAUGUAGUAGAAGUAUGACAUCAGAAGGGUUGGUUGGAGUCUGGACAGUAAGGCAUUUGGAACAUUAACAUCUUUUGCCGUGAGCUAGUGGUUUCAAGUUGCACUUAAGACAUCUGAGCUACCAGCAUGGGCAUUUUGAAACUAAAUGGAAGAAAGAUUCCUAGUUAAAUGUUGGCCAACAGUAUACCUUUGGUGCUGGGCAUUUAAAUGAGUGAGCCACAUCACAAUAAUUUCUCUGUAAAUGUUACUAAAAACAGUUCUGGCUGGCAGUGAAGUUAAGAAAUAUUCUCUUUUCACUCUUGGGUAUGACUUAUUACUAAUCAGGUUUGCAUUUCACUGAAGAAACAGGCAACUGAUAGACAUGACUAAGAAUCGCUACAAAGGAUGUAAAACGACGGGUGCCGAUGUAAGAACGUGGAUGGUUGGACAGACUUUGCAGUAGGAAAACUCCUGUGCAUCUUGGAUCUUAUAAGAGGAUGAAUGGGGGAGAAAGAUUUAUAUCCAACAAAAAGGAAGUUAGGAUGGCUCCAAAAGAGUUGUUUGUUUCAGCUUUUCUAAACUGAACAAGAUGCAAACAGCAGGAACUAUACAAUUUAUAUGUACGUUGUAUCCCUCUUUUCCAUUCAUCACCUUAUAAUAUUUGACACAGAACUCUUUAAAAAGCACAUCCUGUGCUGCCCAGUUUUAUUCAGUAAAUAUGCAAAAGAUAUUUUUCUUCAGUAAUGAGCAAAUAGUUGUUGCAGUUUGUAUUGUAGCAAACCUCUAGUUAUCUAUGUAAGGAGCCUUGAUCAUGAAGAUGGUAUCUGAGCAUCAUUGCUACGGAGAAUUUGCUGUAAUAAGUCAGUGAAACAUUAGUUACGUAAAUGGCUUCACUAGUUCACAGCAAAACUUAUGCUUAUUUUAUAAGUUGUAUAUAAUCUGCCAGCCUUUCUGGCAUCAAUACAACAAUAGCAGACUUUUCUGUCAUGUAGAAGAUACAUCAUAUCAUUUAACAUGUCUAUGAUUUCUAUACCCUUCCUUUCCCCAAACUUGAUUUUACUGCCAACCACAAAUAAUAAGAGACCACUGUAGCUUUCUUUAACUAACCAACUGUAUUACAAGACAGAGCUAACAAACAGUGCUUAUAAUUAGUCCUGAGCCCAGUUUUCCAACUGGAUAUAACAUCCCCCUACUAAAAAGACUAACUGAUCUGUUCCAAAUAUGGUGGAGUAUUGACCUCCUGCGAAAUAAGUCACUUCUUCCACAUAUAUAUGGCAUAAGAGCUAUGUCUCAUAUCCCACUGAGGAUAAAUAAUAUUACUUAAUCUGCAUUAAAAUAGUUACAAUUUAAACUAUUGUGAAAUAAACACCUAAGUGUACCUCAGUGAUAUCCAAUACUGAAAGAUACAAGAGUAGUGUGAAGUAGUGCGUAUCCCACCUCUUGCCUUGUUAUGUAUAAUGGAAUAAUCAACUAAUUAAUUGCUUUACCAAGGCUUAUAACAAGUUCCUGUUUCACCCAUACUUCUGCCACUGAGAGAACAGAAAUGUUGAUUUAAUUUUCUGAGAACCAAAAUUAUUGUUCUGCAUUUGUCCUUCAAACCAGUUAGUAUCAGUCUUUUUCGAUCACCAGGCCAUCAUACCUUAUACUACAUUCUGUAGCCAAGAGUUUGCUACUAAAAAGCAAUUUGACCAAACACUCCAUCUAUCCACAGGCUCUCAGUGAAAGGUGUCUUCAUGGGUCAGACCUACAAACAUCUCAGGGGUUGUCUCUUCAGCUCAGCCAACCAUCUCUGGUCUGGAUUUUUCUUUUCCAAAUCACUGUCGAUCAGAACAGGAAGCUAUUGUGCCACCCUCUUUAGCUUCUUCACUGCUUCUCUUAUGCACACUGCUGCAUUCUAGGCCUCAGGUCACUAUUCCCAUGUGCAUCAGGUUAGUAGUCAGAAUCCAUGAUGAGAAGAGCACAAAAACUUGCUUCACCACAUUACCCCAAUCCUCCUGUCCCACUGCUGCCUUCGGAUUCCACGUGUGCCAAGCUGACAGCAACAAAGUAUAGGCAGCCCCAUGGUGUCUAGUGCUCCUCAAAAGACCAUUUGGAGGCCUCCUGAAACUGUAGGGUCCAGAUCCUGGUGUAUUAGUUCAUGCCUGAUUUUGGGCAGCUUUGUAUUGCUGAGUAAAUUUGCCUAACUGAAUUGUCUGUCAGUAUUAAUGACAUAUGUAAACUUUUUAUUUGGGAAGGAGGCAUCUGUGUCCAAAUACAACUGCCAUACAACACUUGAGUUUUCGGAAGUGCUAAGUACCCACAUUUCCAGUUGAAGCCUAUGGAAGAUACAGGUGUUUGACUUCUCUGAAAAUGAAGACACCAUUGCCUUGCAGUCCUGCUCUGCAUCUAGUAACCUUUCUGGUCACUUUUACAUUUAAACAGCAUACUGCAGCAUACUAAGUAUGCAUGGUAAGGAUGAGUGUGGUAUGAAAAUGAAAACCUUUGCAGAGAGUGCUUAAGUCACUAGGUUUGAAGUUUCCUUGUGAGGGACUAACUCAUUAUCUGACAACAGGGGAUCUGAACUUUGAGGGCUCACCUGAUUAUGAUGUAGUUUGGUCCCAUCUAUGCAGACAAGUCAUACUGUGUUAUAACAUUAUUCUACAACAUAAGAAUUUUGCUGGUAUAGAUAGGCCCAGCUCAGUCCUUCUGCUCCCGAGCACCCUGUGGCUGAGAGCACCUUGGUUACUAAUAAUAAUCAACUAAAUAAUAGUUGAUAAUAGUCCCCCAGUCAUGUGAACACCACCACUGACUAGCUGUAGCUACAGGCAUGCUAGGCUCUCUUUGGCAAAAGGAAAAGUCACUGUGCUUUGACAGCCUGAGAAGAUGUAGGAUAUAUUUUUAUUUUUAGAUCUCAAUCUCUCCAGUUACAUUUCUUUUAUUCUAUUGUGGUGCAACUGUAAAUACAUAUUUAUGUGUCUUCUAGGAUUGGGAGCAAGGGGUUUAAUUACUUAAAAUCCUCAGGUAUGUAAUCCCCAGUUGGUUCUGUGUAAGCAAACAUGCAGAAAAGCUGUCAUACUCUUUUGUGGAUUCUGAGCUAGUGUUGAAAUAACGAGGAGUACUUGUGGCACCUUAGAGAUGAACAAAUUUAUUUGGGCAUAAGCUUUCGUGGGCUAAAACCCACUUCAUCGGAUACAUGCAGUGGAAAAUACAGUAGGAAGAUAUAUAUAUAUAUAUAUAUACACACACAGAGAACAUGAAAAAAUAGGUAAUGUCAUACCAACUGUAACAAGACCAAUCAGUUAAGGUGGGCUAUUAUCAGCAGGGAAAAAAAAUCUUUUGUAGUGAUAAUCAGGAUGGCCCAUUUCGAACAGUUGACAAGAAGGUGUGAGUAACAGUGGGGGAAAAAUUAGCAUGGGGAAAUAGUUUUUACUUUGUGUAAUGACCCAUCCACUCCCAGUCUUUAUUCAAGCCUAAUUUAAUGGUGUCUAGUUUGCAAAUUAAUUCCAAUUUUGCAGUUUCUUGUUGGAGUCUGUUUUUGAAGUUUUUUUUUGUUGGAGAAUUGCAACUUUUAGGUCUGAAAUUGAGUGACCAGGAAGGUUGAAGUUUCUCCAACUGGUUUUUGAAUGUUAUAAUUCUUGAUGUCUGAUUUGUGUCCGUUUAUUCUUUUGCAUAGAGACUGUCUAGUUCGGCCAGUGUACAUGGCAGAGGGGCAUUGCUGGCAGAGGAUGGCAUAUAUCACAUUGGUAGAUGUGCAGGUGUACGAGCCUCUGAUAGUGUGGCUGAUGUGAUUAGGCCUUGUGGUGGUGUCCCCUGAAUAGAUAUGUGGGCAGAGUUGGCACCGGGCUUUGUUGCAAGGAUGGGUUCCUGGGUUAGUGUUUUUGUUGUGUGGUUGCUGGUGAGUAUUUGCUUCAGGUUGAGGGGUUGUCUGUAAGUGAGGACUGGCCUGUUUCCCAAGGUAUGUGAGAGUGAGGGGUUGUUCUUCAGGAUAGGGCUUUUUCAUGAUGUAGUAAGACACAGCAGGAACUAACUGUUCAUCUUCAGCAUUGUUUUUGACACACACACAUAAUAUUCAAGUUAUUUUUAAACUGUGUGUGCCUGAAGUCAGUAUUUCCUGACAAAAUGUACUGUACGCAGUGUCCUGGUACUACUAUAGUAGCAUUCAGUAACGGGAGAUCCUGACUGUUGCACCAAAGAAGAAACUUUUAUGGUUUGUUCCACUUGGGAGACUUAUGUUCUCACAUACAUAUGCUUUGUAAAUUUAGAUUUAAUCUCAGUCCGACCAGUUUCUGUUUAUCAAAAUUCUGUAUCCAGACUUUAUUGGCAUAGUUGAUUUCAAAUGUUCAUUAUGGAUGGUUUUGUAAUUAUGCCAGAUAGUAAAGUAUGUUUUUGCCAUUUAAUUGAAUUAUUCUAACACAAUUCAGUUAAUUCACAGGGUAAUUCAACAAACUGGGAUUUUGAGAGCAAAUUACGUGGCACUGAUCUCAGUCACUUAAAUUCUUCCUUAUGCACAAUGUAAAAGAUUUAUUUCAUCCAUGUUACACUGACACACUUUAUUCUAUCAUUUAAAAAAUUAUAGGACUGGAAGGGAUCUCAAGAGGUCCUCUAGUCCAGUCCCCUGCACUCAUGUUUGUUGGAAUCCUUUUGUCUGCGAGAGGCAGUGGGAAUUGAAGCCUAUGAUGUAGAUGGUUUGCAAUGUCCCAUGUGACUGAAUAGUCCAAUCCGAGAUUUGCAUGAUCUUUGGCAGUUAUUGCAAGUGUAUGUAUCUUGCUUGCUUCCUAUGGGGUCUUUUUCUCUUCAAGCUGUAGGAGGCAGCUUCUGUCAAGGGCUUUGAUACCCUGAUGGAGAUGAUGGUGCCACUUGUUACGAUCACUUGCCAAGAUUUCCCAUUGGUCAGGAUCAAUUCCAAAUUCCUUCCUAUCUUGCUUGCAUGUGCCUUUAUAGCAAAGCUUGGGACAUCCUGUUGUUCUUGUUCCCUCUGAUAGCUCCCCGUAUAGCAUGUCCUUGAGUAUGUGUCAGUCUUCCAACCUAUUCAGGUGGCCCAGCCAGCGCAGUCAUCUUUGCUUGAGCAGGGCUGUCACACAUGGUAAGUUUGCCCUUCGAAGAACCUCUGCAUUGGUGACUUUUUCCUGCCAUUUAGUGUUGAGUAUGUGGGGUAAACAACAUAGGUGGAAACCAUUUAAUCUUGUCUCCAGAUGAGCAUAAGUUAUCCAUGUUUCCCCACCAUACCUGAGAGUGCUGAGGACGCAACUUGGUACAUUAGCAUUUUGGUCUUGAUGAUAAGCUUUGAGUUGUUCCAUGCUCUUUUAAUUAGUCUGCUAAAGGUGGUGGCACCGUUUCCAAUGUGAACAUUUAGCUCUUCAUCCAGUGAGAGGUUGGUGGUCACUGUAGAACCUAAAUAGCUGAACUUUUGGACUACUUCUAGCUGGUUUGCAUUUAAUGUAAUUGAAAGGUCUUGUGGAGCCCCUUUUCCUAAUACAACCAUUUUCUUGAUGCUGAUGGUAAAAGCAAAUGCCUGACGGGCACUUGAAAGGUGGUCCAUGAGUUAUUGUAGCAGAUCUUCAUUGUGGGCGAUGAGGGCAACAGCAUCUGCAAAUAGAAGUUCCCUGAUUAGCACUUUUUGUCUUUGGUCUUUGACUUAAGUUGGGACAGGUUGAAGAGUUUCCCAUCUGAUCUUGUGUGGAGAUACUCUCCAUCUUUCAUGUCCUUAAACAAAGUUCAAGAGUACUGAGAAGAAGAUUCCAAAGAGUGUAGGGGCAAGAACACAUCCUUGCUUUACUCCACUUUUCAUCUAAGAGCUGCCCGAAGUGGACCCAUCAAACUGGACGGUUGCUCUCAUGUUGUUGUGGAAUGAACGUAUAAGACUUAACAGGGUUGGCGGCAUCCUAUGUUUUCUAGUAUUGCAAAUGAGUAUUGGCACUCAUUGUAGGACUAAAUGUUAUCUAGACCAUCCCUGACAGGUGUUUGUCUAACCUGCUCUUAAAAAUAUCUAAUGAUGGAGAUUGUACAACCUCCCUAGGCAAUUUAUUCCAGUGCUUAACCACCCUGACAGUUAGGAAGUUUUUCCCAAUGUCCAACCUAAACCUCCCUUGCUGCAAUUUAAGCCCAUUGCUUCUUGUCCUAUCAGCAUUUAAGAAAAACAAUUUUUCUCCCUCCUCCUUGUAACAUUUUAUGUACUUGAAAACUGUUAUCAUAUCCCCUCUGUCUUCUCUUUUCCAGACUAAAUAAACCCAAUUUUUUCAAUCAUCCCUCAUAGAUCAUAUUUUUAGACCUUUAAUCAUUUUUCUUACUCUUCUCUGGACUUUCUACAGUUUAUCCAUAUCUUUCCUGAAAUGUUGUCCCCAGAGCUGGACACAAUACUCAAGUUGAGGCCUAAUCAGUGUGGAAUAGAGUGGAAGAACUACUUCUCAUAUCUUGCUUACAACUCUCCUUCUAAUACAUCCCGGAAUGAUGUUUGCCUUUUUUUUUUUUUUUUUUUUUGCAACAGUAUUACACUGUUGACUCAUUUAGCUUGUGGUCCACUAUGAUGACCAGAUCUCUUUCCACAGUACUCCUUCCUAGGCAGUCAUUUCCCAUUUUGUAUUUGUGCAACUGAUUGUUCCUUUCUAAGUGGAAUACUUUGCAUUUUUCCUUAUUCAGUUUUAUCAUAUUUACUUCAGACCAUUUCUCCAGUUUGUCCAGAUCAUUUUGAAUUAUAAUCCUAUCCUCCAAACCACUUGCAACCCCUCCCUGCUUGGUAUCAUCCGCAAACUUUAUAAGUGUACUCUCUAUGCCAUUAUCUAAAUCAUUGAUGAAGAUAUUGAACACAACCGGACCCAAAACUGAUCCCGAGGGGACCCCACUCAUUAUGCCCUUCCAGCAUGACUGUGAACCACUGAUAACUACUCUCUGGGAACAGUUUUCCAACUAGUUAUACACCCACCUUUAUAGUAGCUCCAUUGAGGUUGCAUUUCCCUAGUUUGUUUUUGGGAAGGACAUGUGAGACAAUAUCAAAAGCUUUACUAAAGUCAAGAUAUACCAUGUCUACUGCUUCCCCCCUAUCCACAAGGCUUGUUACCCUGUCAAAGAAAGCUAUCUGGUUUCUUUGACAUGAUUUGUUCUUGACAAAUCCAUGCUGACUAUUACUUAUCACCUUAUUAUUUUCUCAAUGUUUAAAAACUAACUGCUUAAUUGUUUGCUCCAUUAUCUUUCCAGGUUCAGAAGUUAAGCUGGCUGGUCUGUAAUUCCCCAGGUUGUUCUUAUUUCCCUUUUUAUAGAUGGGCACUAUAUUUGCCCUUUUCCAAUCCUCUGGAAUCUUUCCCGUCUUCAUGACUUUUCAAAGAUAAUCGCUAAUGGCUGAGAUAUCUCCUCAGUUAGCUCCUUAAGUAUUCUAGGAUGCAUUUCAUCAGAUCCUGGUUAGACCUGAAGACAUCUUAACUUGUCUAAGUAAUUUUUAACUUGUUCUUUCCCUAUUUCAGCCUCUGAUCCUACCUCAUUUUCACUUGCAUUCACUAGACGUCCAAUCACCACCAACCUUCUUUGUGAAAACCGGAACAAAGAAGUCAUUAAGCACCUCUGCCAUUUCCACAUUUUGAGUCUUCCUCUUGCUUCUAAUGUAUUUGUAAAAUGUUUUCUUGUUACCCUUUACGUCUCUAACUAGUUUGAUCUCCUUUUGUGCUUGGCCUUUCUAAUUUUGUCCCUACAUACUUGUGUUAUUUGUUUAUAUUCAUACUUUGUAAUUUGACCUAGUUUCCACUUUUUGUAGGACUCUCUUUUUUGAUUUUUAGAUCAUUGAAUAUCUCCUGGUUGAGCCAGGGUAGUCUCUUGCAUACUUCCCAUCUUUCCUAUGAAGCAGGAAAUGUAUCCACCUCAUCUAGGCAAGCGUUACAGUUUUCAGAGUGGAUUGGGAUAGAAGCAGAAGAGGAACUGGUUGCUAAAGGGCUAUAAUUUUGUAAAGCAUGCAGACUGCUCAUAUUGUUCUCUGCAAAAUCUCUGAAAGCUUAACAAAAAAUUCCAGAUAUGUGGAAGAAAUUGCCAUCUGUGUAGCUUUAGCCAAUGAUACUGUUACUGGCCACUAUUUUCUCUCUCUUCGCCAAUAAAACACAGAUCUGAUCUGUUUAGAAAUCCAUCUAAAAAUGAUGGAAAGUCAUACAUAAUGUUAAAUCAGACAAUUCAUGAACUAAUAAGGAAUAUUUACUUCAGUUAGCAGGAGGUAACAAAUGCAUGUUCAGAACGACACCAGGCAGACAAUCAAAGCAAAGCAUGGUUAAACUUGUUCAAAGUGAAACCACGAAAAGUAAUCAAUUUCCCUGUUGAAUAUAGAUACACUAUUAGGCUUUGAAAUUAUUAUAAAAACAUUUUGUAACUGAAAAAAUACAACAGUGAAACGACUUCUGUCUUCACAGAUUGAAUUAAUCAAAUUAUCAAAGUAAUCUGUCUGAAAAUACACCGAUUAUAGAUCACUUCAGUACUGUUCAAAGAUAUAUGAAAACCAAAUGAAAUGCAAUAGAUGCCUCAUCUGUAUGUUGUUUAUAUCAAAAUAGUAUUGUCAUUGUAGACAAUAUACUGUAAAUCAAGCACCUUAUGUUUACUUUUUGUGUCUGUAGUUCAGGUUGAAGAUAGUUAAGAGUGCAGAAUACAUGCUGGCAGUUGUCCCCUGCCUUUAUAAAGGGGAAAAUAGUCAUUUCUCUUGGAUUAAGGCUAAUUAUGAUCUGGACUGGUCAAAAUGGUAAGAUCUCAAAACCUUUUUGGCAUCAGGGGAUGCUACUGUUUAUAUUUAAAAAAAAAAAAUUUGUGGAGAGUGCUGCUGGACAAUUACAAGAGCUGCCUUCAAAGCCCAAAUCAGCCAUUUUGUUCUGUUAUGCCUUUAUCACAUCCUGGAUAUUUUUAAAAGCAUCAUCUUCCAAAACACUACUAAAAACUAGCACAACGUAGCUGAGCAUUUCAGACAAUAAGAGCCUGAUUCCGACAAUAAGAGCCUACUUUGAAGCACAUGAGUAGUCCCUUGCUGAACUAGAACCUGAGGUUCAAAAUCUGCUCUGUUGCUCCCAUUAACUUCAGUAGAGUUCCACCUGUAUACCUCUGAAGUAUAAUUUGGACCUAAAGUAGAAUAUACACUUCACAAGGUAUACAGGAAGUCUGAGGCAAACUUCAUGAUAUGUGCACAUUUGUGGGAAAAAUCAAUAUUUUUCUGAAUUUACGUAAACUGAUUUUCCCAGGUCUGCAAGACUGAAGAUUAUAUAGAUACUCUGUCUCCUUAACGGUUUUCAACCCAAGUGCCAUAAUAAAAUAUAUUCUGUAGCAAACUAUAUCAAAUUUUGUAAGUCACUUAAUCUGCAUGGUGGUGGUUUUUAUUGUUUUGUUCUCUAUUUUACCUUGACUGUUUACUAUUACUUUAAUACUGUUUACAUUAGACAUGUUGAGAAUGACUAGUGCUGAAGUUUAGCAAAAGAAAUACAUAAAUAAUUAAUGUAUGAUGUGUGAGGUGAAUGGGAGAACGGUACCAAAACAGGGACACUUGCUCUGGUAUUCUUUUUAUAAAAAUCAAAACGUGAAAUGUGUAUCCACUUCAUAAAUAAUGAUUUGUAUUCAUUUUGAUGAUUGUUUCAUUUGUGUAAUAUUUCUAUUUUUCUUUCCAGAAUGAUUUAAGUUAAAUUGUGGAUAUUUUUAUUUGUAUUUAUGUGUAUUAUGUACUGUAUUUUUAGAAAUUUUAUUUUUAAAUAAAAAUAAAAAAUUCUCA